UGUGUCUUGUGCUCAGGCAAUGGCGCUCCUGGCUAUGGCGACAGCCACCGCAUUCAGUCCUCUUGCCACGGAUCGCCACAAGUGGAAGUCGAGGACUGCGCGAAGAUCUUCCUCCAUCGUUGCCAUGGUUGCCGUCAAGAACGAUGAGGACGAGCCUUGCAUUGUUGAUCCUCUUCUUCCAUCGGAGCGAAAGAGAUCGCCGUCAGACCUUGGCACUCUUUUUCGAAGAUUUUCCAAAGUCGCUGCGCCAUACUGGAGCUCGGAUGACAAAUCACAGGCAAGAAUCCGCCUCGUUGGUGUCUUCGCUCUCACGCUCGCAACGACGGGAAUAAGCGUGGGAUUUAACUUCCUUGGGAGAGAUUUCUACAACUCACUCGCAAGCAAGGAUCAAGAGCAAUUCACUCGGCAGCUCCUAUACUAUCUGGGAGCAUUCAUUGCUGGAAUCCCGGUGUUUGUCUUCCGAGACUAUAGCCGUGAUACUUUGUCUCUUCGCUGGAGAGCAUGGAUGACAAAGUAUUACUUGGAACGAUAUUUUGAGAAUAGAUCAUUCUACAACAUCCAGUCUCAGUCGCUUGUGGAUAACCCGGAUCAACGCGUGGUCGACGAUUUAAACUCCUUCACAGCCACCGCUUUGGGAUUCAGCCUAGCUCUUUUCAACGCUACGAUCGAUCUUAUAUCCUUCAGCGGUAUUCUUUACAGCAUAUAUCCACCGCUCUUUGGAGUUCUUGUAGUUUACUCCAUUGGCGGCACUGCAAUAAGCGUUGCGCUAGGAAAGGGUCUAGUGGAUCUUAACUUUAUGCAAGAAAAGAGAGAAGCUGAUUUUAGAUAUGGCUUGGUGCGCGUGCGAGAAAAUACCGAGUCUAUUGCGUUCUAUCAAGGAGAAACGAAUGAGAUCCAGCUGCUGCUGGAGCGUUUCAGACAAACCUUUGACAACUACAGUCAACUGCUCUUAGCUUCGAGAAAUCUUCAGUUUUUCCAAAGCGGCUACAGAUAUGUGAUCCAGGUUUUACCUGCAGCCGUUGUUGCUCCACUCUAUUUUACUGGCAAGAUUGAUUUCGGGGUUAUCAAUCAGUCUUUUUCUGCGUUCAACCACAUCCUGGGCGACUUUUCCUUGAUCAUAUAUCAGUUUCAGUCGCUGAGCUCGUUUUCUGCUGUUAUUGAUCGUCUGGGUGAAUUCAGUGAUAUACUGGAUGCACAAGUAGCAACUGAGGAUCUGAUAGGCAUCAAAAUCUUUGACUACGUUGAGAAAGAUGCAAAGCCUCUUCUUUUGGAAGUGGAGGAGUUAACGCUCCAGACCCCUCAGUAUACAUUGGUUCUUAUCGAAAACCUCACGUUCAGUAUCUCUCAAGGACAAAAUCUUCUGGUGAUGGGUGCCAGUGGGAGUGGAAAAACAUCGCUUCUAAGAGCUAUUGCUGGACUCUGGAAGUGUGGAAGCGGGUCAAUCAAACGCUACUUUACCGGAAACUCCUCCAAGUCCAAUGGCUCCAUCCUGCUGGAACGCACCAUAGAGGAUAUCUUGUUUCUUCCUCAGAAGCCAUACAUGGUCCUUGGAACAUUAAAACAGCAGCUCCUAUAUCCAACAUGGAACGUGGAAGAGAAAGAGGAGCUUGAUGAUGGCCUACUUUCGCAAUCCUCCACACGACCAAAACCCCGAAACGCUGAGCCAGCUGAUGAUCAGCUAGCGGAAGUUCUCCGCCAAGUAAAGCUGGGACAACUCCUCACUCGCUGCAAUGGCUUGGACUCCUUCGCCGACUGGUCCAGCGUGUUAUCCCUGGGAGAGCAGCAGCGCCUUGCGUUCGCCCGUAUGCUACUUUCAAAACCAAGGCUCGCUCUCCUGGACGAAGCAACCAGCGCUCUCGACGAAGAAACUGAGGCACAUUUAUAUGGAGUGCUGAAAACAUCAGGGAUAUCCGUGAUUAGCGUCGGGCACAGAAGCACGCUCCGUCGCUUCCACACGCACUUGCUCAGGCUCGACAAUAAAAACGAUGCCAACUCUUGGUCACUCGAGAAUCUGGAGCAAUGCGAGCAACAAACUCUUGGCACCAACUGAGAGAUAUUUAUGCACUCCUGCAGGCCACGCCUCACGGCUCGACCAACCAACACACCCUCUUUAAAGAAGUGGAGGAAAAAAAAGAGAGGCCAAGAGUUUCCAGUGGCAUAUUGACAGUGUGGCUACUGCUUCUGCCGCUGCUGGCUGCCAAGCGAAUCGCGUUGAAUAUCAAGCUGACAGGCAACGUUAGUUGAAAGAGAGAAGGAAGGGGAUGGGAAUAAUUUGCAGAGGCCCGGACAGACAGGCAUAAACAUAGCACGCAAAGUGGUCGCGGCUCCUCCUCUCAAAGUCUCACAGCUAGAUUCAAUCCAGAGGCCGAGGCUUAACAGGAAGCAAAUCGCGGAGAGCCAUAGCUAUGGAGGAGACAAGCAAAGCAAAAGCCGGGCAAAAAGCAAAGCAAAACAAGAGCAAGCAGCGCAGGCAGAAACAAAGUCAUCCACAGCAAAUGGAGGGAGAAAAAAAUCUUGGGCUGCUUUUCAGAGGAGAUUCUCUUAGAGAGAUUUCUUUGGAGAGGUGGUCACGCGUGCAAACAAAAGCUUUCGUUGCGGCCAGCGAUGGAUGGAAGAAAAUGGACGCGCCAAGGACAGACAGGAUGGGCAAAGCUGCCUGUGGUCACUCCCGACCAUUUGGAUUAUUAAUCACAAGUUGUAAGGAUUAGCGUUUUAACCUGUGAAAUUAGCAGUGUUUUAAGUUAACUAGU